AUGCCGCCAAAGAAGGGUCGCGCGCAGGCGCAGAAGCCUACACCACGUCGCAGUAGCCGAAUCGCGUCUUCACGUGCCUCGUCCAAGGAGCCAGAAGCUCCACCACACGGUUUGUCUGCUCUCAGUUCUGUCCAAAUGCCUGCUCCUACGGCGCCGCAGCCAGUAACGCAAGAGGAAGGAUUUGAUAUCGACCGCGCAAUGAGAGUUAUAUUGUUGAACCGCGCGUACAUCCAACAGCUGACUGAGGCUCAAAAAGACGCCGCAAUCAACCGCUUCGUCGACCGCGAGGUCAACUAUCGCAACCAGAUCGAGGAACUCGAGCGCCGCGCCGAAGAAGCCGAAGAGGAACGCGACAAAGAAGCUGCAGCGGCAGCGAGGCUGAGAAAGAACAGUUUCCGGAUUCACCUGUUCAUGGAAGAGGUUCAAAAGAGGGAGAAGGCGAAGCAAGCAGAAAUCGCCAAAUCAGACGCAGAGCAGCAAACACCCGCUGCAGGACCACGCGCUGUCUCGAACACGCCAGCAGCCGAGGAACAGCCGGAAUCAGCAAUCAGCACUGCAAACAAGCCUCAGACAUUGGCUACCGCCUCCACAACACCACUAAUCGAGCCAUCCUUCAUAUCAUUUCCGCAGCAGGCAGUGACUCCCGUACCAUCAAAGUCCUUCUUGAGCCGUUUGGUCAGCAGCUUCCCGUCUCCUUUCACGUCGCUUAAGAAGAACGUGUCGCAGACGAGCUAUCCUGGCAUCCAGCCACAACAGUCACAAGCACGAGCCGCGCCAUCAACAGAGCGCCAGCCUCAAGAACCUCUCGGAGAGCUACCAGUGUCCCGUAAGCGUGCCGCUGAAGACGAAGAGCCUGUCACCGAGUCCGCACCGGGGAGCGCCGCAACAUCUGCAGAGGCCUCGAUCUCUACACCGCGGGCUUCAUCUACAAACAUGUCGAACAGCACGCCGCGCCGACCACAUACCGUCCAUGCGACUCGAACUCGCUUCACGGAUACACCAAUGACAGCCAUCUCAGAACAUUCUGAGAUUUCCGAUCCAUCUGAGCCAUCAGGCAACACGUUCUCUGUCCCAGAACCGACCCCGUCGCGGCGACACCCGAUGCCACGUCCUCGCGGCAUUGUGCAGGCUCGUCUUCAGGCACAAUUGCGAAACCAGUCGAAGACUCCAGGCCGCCCAUGGGCUGCGCCAACUCUGCCACGCGAGCCGAAUGCCGACGCUCGUUUGGAGAAGCUGUGGCGGUACCGUGACCUUGACAACCAGCUCAAAGCACUAAAGGAUGAUCCUGAGGUCAAGCAGAUGGUGUCGCGCCCAGUCAAGCGCAUGAAGAUCGAAGACUUGCCCUUCCUCCCACAUCACCGUCCCGGAGAGCCUUCCGGGACUUUCCGCGUUCCUGACGUGGACGCUGAUGGAGAAAUGGAAGUUGAUGAAGAUGAGUCCUUGUUCAACAUAUUCAAUCAAGAGCAAGAUAAGGAGAAGGGAAAGAACAUUGAGACUGAGAGCGAGAAGGACACGUUGCCGCCUGCUCCACGCGGUCCAACCCGCGCAGCUUCCGAGGCAGUUUCCACGGCAGCUCCUAUGGUAGCCUCUCCGGCAGCCUCGGCGGCAGUCUCAAUGGCAACUGCACCGGUCGCUCAGCCAGCGCCGCAGGCCGAGAAGGUCUCAGCGAUCGUUUACAAUUUCCCUGACGUGGGCACUAACAACCUUGCUGAUCGGGAUGCCUACCCUUACGAUGAGAUGUUAGGAGCCAAAUUCACCUACGGAUUCGAGACUUGGAAGGCUGCUGGCGUGUCCGCGGUCACCUGGUAG